CGCUUUCAACACUUUCGAGUAAGCAUGCAUAAAUAUGCAAAUCCAAAGCACGAUUGAUUUCUUCGGAACAAAUUCCAAAUGAUUUUUGAAUCACUUUGGCGAGAUUAGUUCGCACAUGUGCGCCAAAAGUUAUAUGUAUGUAUAGAUGAGAGCAAGAACAAAAACGCGGUAGCAUGCUCAGGGUUAAAUAUAAAAACAUCGCGACAAAUCUGCACAUUAGUAAUAUACAGCGCAACCACUUUCAGCGCCGUGAACGCUCGCGCAGUGCACUCGUCUUCGUCGUAUUUCGGAAAUCAUAUACAACUUGAAUAUAGUAUGAUAUAAUUAAUGAACAUAUGUAUAUGAAUAUCGAGCUGUUGUUGUACAAAAAUAAAGAACAAUAAAAUUACUAGACGGAGCGAUUUCUGCAAUAAUUGCAGUUAAACAAAAGAUACACAAAGAUAAUAAAAUCAAAAAGGAAAUUAUAUAAAGAAGUAAAAUCAAAAUUUAGCAAAAAAUUUCGUAUUUUCUUCGGUAGCAACGACAACGCUUGGAACAGCACAUUUUAGUAGCUAAAAAGAUUUCAGCAAAAUAACGUGUGGCCCAGGAGAGCAAGUCGUUCGGACAAGUGUGGAAAGUCGACGACUCGAGCAACACCAAGUCCCAUAUUGCAGCGCGCUCAACAGCAAUUGGAUAACCUGAAACCAAAAGCAAAAAAAGACACAAGCGUUUAGCAAAUAUUAGCUGUAGACAAGUACACCCACUAAUUACUCACCUGAUCGCACAGCUUUCGUGCUGGAAUAGUACACAAUGGCAACAAUGAAAAAAUCAACACAUGAAAAUGCUACCGAUUAUGAUGGCGAACCCGGCUGCGACACAUUGCACGAGGUUAACGCCAUGUUCCGUCACUUCUGGGACCCUACAAAAUAUUGGACAUGUGAGGCACAAGGGCGUCCCGCUAAACUACAACGCUGUCCACAAUCGCAUCUAUAUAUGGACUCGCAAAAUAAAUGUGUCAUGUAUACUGAUUGGCAUUGGACCGACCCCGCUGAACCGCCAAGCCGUCCGAGAAGCGAGAAAAGCACGUGAAGCUUCAAUGGAAUGAGUGUGAUUUGCAAAGCAAAUAACCAAAACGAUAAUAGAAACGUGAUUUUAACGCGCACAAGCAGACAUGCUUGAACGUAAAUCAUAUAGAUAUGUAUAUAUAUACAUAUGUGUAUGUAUAUGCUAACUUCCUUAAUGUGUAGUACUUAUGUUUAAUGAAGUGCGAUAGUUUAAUUAUGUGUACAUACAGUACGUAGUUAGGUGUGCCACAAAUUUGUUGAUAAGAUAUUAAUUUAGCAACAAAACUUAAUAAUUGUUAACAAAAAAAAAAAUCAUGUAUAUUUAUAACUUGUACAUAUGUACGCAAUUAUUUAUAGCCUACGACUGAAAAUUUGCUUUAAGAAAUUUGUGGCUGUUUAAGUUUGUAUUGUUAAAAAAAAAA